CCCUCAGUCCUGAAAAAAGUCGAAUCCUAGAUCCUCGAUGCAAGUUUAGUACUAAUGUGAAAAGAUGAAAAUGCCCUCAUUAACUACAUCCAUUUGUUACUGUCGUUCCUCUGCAUGUGUUAAUUACACAGCCAAAGACAUCUAACGUAGAAUAAAAAAUGCCAAAAGUUCAAAAAUUUUCACUUGCCGAAAGCAAAUACUCCAAAAAAAUAUCUCCAAUUGAGAAAAGAAAUGCUCUGGAUUCACUUGUAAGAACUACUGUCUACUAUUACUAGCAAUAGCAAGAACCCAGAGAAAAAAAGAAAUGCGGCAUUGUUUGCCUUUACUACCGCAAGCCAUGCAUCAAACAACCACAUACAAGCCUCCGCCGCCGACGAAGCCACAUCCGCUCGUUGCCUCCGCCGCCAAUGGAGUUGCAUCCACUCGUUGUCUCCGCCGCCGCCGCGGACUCCACAUCUCCUCGUCGCCUUCGCCGCCACCGACGUCGCAUCUCCCCGUCGCCUCCACCGCCACUGGUGACACCGCAUCUCCUCGUCACCUCCGCCACCGACAAUGACGCCACAUCUCCCUAUCGCCUUCGCGUUCUCCAACAUCUCCCCCUCCUUGCCUUCACCGUCACAUCUGAGUCACAUCCAUCCAACGCCACCGUCGCCUGCAUUGGAUCUCCCUCCUCGCAAGCUUCUGCCUCUACCGCCACAUCGAGGUUGAUGCGGAAGGCCACUAGCAGGGAGAGGGGGGGUGGAGAGGGAGAGAGGGAGAGGGGGGAGCGGGAGAUGACUGAGGGGGAGAGGGAGCGGUGGAGCGGUGAAGGCUAGCUGCCGUGUGUGCUCAAUUUCUCUAGAGGAGAGAGAUUGGUGGGAGGAGAUAAGGUAAAGGAGAGAGAUGGGGGGAGGACCGGAGGAGAUAAGAUUCUCGUGUGAAGUGUGAACAAUAAGAGAGAGACAGAAGAAGACCAUUGAAUGUUUCUUGUUUUCUAAGUAGAGAUCGGUUUUCUUGGGACAAUCUCUUCCCGAUAAAAUCGAUGUUUUUUGGGAAGCAUGUUCAAUAGGCUUAUGUUAGCCGGCGAUAGGAAUAAACAACUUAGUUUUUCGCUGAGGUGGAGCUAAGAGAAUGAAAGGAGAGAGAAAGGCUGGCGCUUAAUUAGUCGCUAGCCCCAACACAUUGUUUCAUUCAUGCAUGCCUGUCUUGCCAAUUACAAGAGCGGUUAGAUUAGAAAAUUAGAAAAUAUUUUUUUAGAGAAAUGUGCAACGUACUUCCUCCGUCUAAAAAAGAAUCAACCUAGGAGGGGAUGUCUGGACUCAUUUGUGCCCAGAUACAUUGUCCUAGAAGGGAAUCCCUCCCAGGUUAAUUCUUUUUGGAACGAAGGGAGUAACUAGUUGUACAAGCUAUCUUUUUUCAUCAUUUUUUGUUGACAUGGAACAUUUUAGAGCUGGUAGUGGUAGCCAGCUAUACUUUUAAACUUGCUAUACUAUUAAACUAUCUUAAUAGUUUAGCAGGGGAACUAUUAAGCUCGCAAGGCGAAUGUCACUCGACAUAUAUACUCAAAGCUCUCAAAUCGAUCAUAGGGGUAGGGUUUGCGUGCGUGUGUUCAUAGGGGUGAGUGCGCGUGCGUUGUGAGUGUCUGCGUUGUACUGUGCAAUUCUUUAAAAAAAAAGCUCUCAAAUCGAUGAUUCCCCUGCUAAACUCUGUCACUGUUGACGAAUGACGACCUAGGAAUCCUCAAAUUCCCGUCCCGUCUUUUAAUUAAUUAUUAUAAACUAAUUACAGCGUCUCCGCUGCGCUCCGCUCUCUCCAGUCCAGCGGCGCGAGGACGGCGACGGCGAGAGCGGCCCCCCACCGAUGGCCGCGCCCGCACGGCCGCGCCGCGCCGCCUCCUCCAGCGCUCGCCUCCUGCGCCGCCUCCUCCCGCGCCACCUGCUCCUCCUCCCCGCAGCGCUCCUCCUCUUCCUGCUACUUCCGUACACGCCCGGGGUCCUCCUCCGCCGCGCCAACUCCCUCGGUCGCCGGUGCCUUCCGCCGCCACGCGCCGCCGCCGGCGACCUCGUCCUCCUCCCGCGCGCCGCCCCCCUCCUCAAGAUCGCUAUCGUCACCCUCUCCGACGAGGGGGCCGCGUCGGGCUCGGACCAGGACCGCGGCAGGCGUGGGCGGUCCUUCCGCGGCGUGCUGGCGGCCACCGCGCGGAACAAGCGUUCCUACGCGGCAGCGCACGGGUACGGCCUCGCCGUGCUCCCCGCGGCUUCCGUUGAUCCCCGCCGCCCGCCUAGCUGGAGCAAGGUCCUCGCCCUCCGCGCCCACCUCCACCUCCACCACCACCACUGGCUCUUCUGGAACGACGCGGACACACUGGUUACAAAUCCGGACAUCCCGUUGGAGAUGAUUUUGUUCUCGGUGAUUGGGCACAGUGAUUUUGAUGCUGCUCCUGAUCUCAUCCUGACGGAGGAUUUCAAUGGUGUUAACGCUGGAGUAUUCUUCAUACGGGGCUCAAAGUGGAGUGAGAAGUUUCUGGACACAUGGUGGAACCUUACAUCCUUCAUACAAUUUGGUUCCACAAAAAGUGGAGAUAAUGCAGCAUUGAAGCAUCUUAUAGAUCACUUUUCACCUGAAGAAAUGCAAGAACAUGUUCGGAUUGCAAAAAUGCAGUGCUUAUUUAAUUCCUAUCCUUGGAGACCCACAUGGAAAUCAAUGCAUCGCCUUAUUUUCCAUCUUUCUACUACAUGGAAAGGGGUUUAUUCAGAUGGAGACUUUAUGGUUCAUUUCGCUGGCCUAGAUGACAAGAUUGGUUGGAUAAAUAAGAUUCUUAGGGAGAGAAGAUUUCUCAGAUGAUUAGUUUUACUUCAAUUUUUCAUCAACUUAAGGAGAACUAGAGAGAAUGCAAAAAGUUUGGUUGAUCUGUAAAGUGCAUGAGUUGCUGUUUGAUGUGUAUAGAAUGACAUUUGUUCGUUAGCGAAAUACAGUUCUGCUACUAAUUUCAAAGUUUUUCAUUAUCUUUGCAGAAUGAACUAUUGAUCAGCAGAGGCAGCUAGUUGCCUGAUAUUUCCUAAUCCGUGGUGUGGUACCUUAUUGUUGCAGUUACCAUCCGCUGGUAAUUAACCCUUAUGGUUCUGCAGGCUGGACUUGUCCACCAGCUCGGUGCCUUUUCUGUUCAAGUUUAGUUGCAGGUUUUAGAACAACCAUUGACUUGGGAAGUAUACUAGUCUGUUCCAGGGCUGUUCUGUCCAGGAGUCGGGAACAGAAAAUUGAAUUACGGAGUAACCUAUUCGUUGUAAACAAGAAAGGUGGCAUGGACUCGUCUACAAUAUCAGGGGCGAAGAUGGAGAUAUUAUGGUUAGACUUGAUGACAAGAAAACCGUGAUUCUUGGACUCCAACCAAUGCAGCCAUAACAUGCAGAAUGCCUGAACAUGGCAUUGUUCAUCCAAUAACAUUUGUAGCUCCAUAUACUUAAAUUUCUGCUUACUAGAGUAUCUAUUACGUCAGCCUUCACAGGGACACAUGGGUUUAGGGUUCUGGCGACGCCCGGGCGAUCGGGUGGCGGCGGCCUGCACUCAAACUUUGCGAUGGUUUUGGAUGGGGUUCAUCCCCGAUCUGCUCUGGAUGUCUGCAGGGGUUCCGCCUGCUCGAUCCUCUUCGGUUUUGGGUAAAGAUCAGGGUUUUGGAAUAGAUGUUGAAUUAGGGUUUGUUCUGCAAUCACCGUGGGGCAGAGGAAGUCGUCUACCCUGGGUAAUUCCGUGGGGAUAUACAAGCCCUAGGUUUCCAAACCAGAAUCGGAUUUGUUCUAGUGGUUUCCAAUCUGUUAUUCCUCGUUAUGGUCUAGGUCAUGAUCUGUGGUGUUGCCUUUGGUAUGAUCUCGUGAAAGAUUGGGACUCGGAGAGGCAACCCUUUAUAAGGAACGAUCAGGGAGGGCUGAAGGCAGUAUUUUCACAAGAUCCAAAGAGAACAGCGUCAAGGUCUCGUUCACCCCUGUUUCGUGGUCAAGAUCUCCAGAUCCAAUCUAUGGUGUCUUCCAUAGGUGGGGGCGAUAAAGGGAUCAUCAAUGCGAUGAUUACCCGCCCGAAGCCGAAUGAGGAUGCCUUGUUGAGUCUGUCAGAUCAAGGGUUAGGCUUGGAGUUGGCGGCGACGAAUCCUGCUGGGAGUAAUCUGCUGGGAGGAAAUACUCACAUGGAGGCGGCACUGUCCCAGGGGAAUCAGAAGUUAGGACCUCGCAGGGAGGAGGAAUCAAGCAGUCAGUCAAGAGGACCUGAAGCCUGUACUGUGGGAGAGAUCGAAACAGAUGAGGAAGAUGUGAUAGAGGAAUAUAGAGGAUGAAGAGAUCAAGCAGGAUGGUAUCUGGACCGUGCUUGCUCGGUUCUACUCUCUACGUAAUCCAAAUCAAACUGCGCUUUUUGAAGAUAUGAGUAGAGCAUGGCGGCUGCGUUCUGAUAUGACACACAAAUCCCUGAGAGACAACCUGUUCAUCAUCACCUUUAGCACAGAGGGUGAUUACAAGUUCGUCCUGCAAGGAGGUCCCUGGUUGCAUAAGGGAGAUGCCCUGCUGGUUGCGGCAUUUGACGGUCUAACCUGCCCUUCAAAAAUCCCAUUGGAGACAGUACCGAUCUGGAUUCGUAUCUACGAUCUCCCCUUGGUUUUAAUGACCAAAGCCAGAGGCCAGCUAUAUGGGAGCAGAUUUGGUUGUGUUCGGGAGGUGGAUGUGGAAGAAGACGGAAGGAAUAGACAUGACUUCUUUAGGAUCAGGGUGGACCUGCCUGUCAAGAAACCCCUGAAACCAAAGAUUGCAAUUAAAAUGCAUGUUCAAGGCAAGGAGGAGACUUCUUUAGGAUCAGGGUGGACCUGCCUGUCAAGAAACCCCCGAAACCAAAGAUUGCAAUUAAAAUGCAUGUUCAAGGCAAGGAGGAGAUUAAGAGAUUUGAUGUUCGCUAUGAAAGGAUCCCAUACUUCUGCUUUAUGUGUGGGUAUAUCGGCCACUCAGAUAAGGAAUGUGAUAAGAAGGGUGCAAAUAAUGAGGUACCGUUCCAAUUCUCGGCUGAACUGAGAUGCUCUCCUCUUAAGCCUUUUGAGAGGAAGAUUGGCAAGGUUAAAGCUACUCAGAAGCCCGAGGUCUCUCACAGAUUGGUCUUCCGUGGUGCUGGAAGUGCAAACUCAUCAUCAUCCAAGAGACCUCAAGAAGAACAUUGGGAUGAAGCUAUCCCCCCGAGAGUGGAUGCCCGUGAUGGUUUUGAGACCAAGGAGAAGGAAGGGGAUAUGUUGGUGGAUGAACAGUUGGCCAGCCACGCUAGAAAACUCAAUGUUUCUGCAGAAGUUGAGCGAACAGGGGGCAACAGAGGUAAUAAAUCCUCAGAGCCUAGCUCAAAGGGGGAGAUGAUACCGGCGAUGGCUAAUUUGCAGCAAGCUGCAUCUUUUGGAGAAGUCUCAACAAAAGAUGUCUUAUCAGCCCAAAAGAGGAGUACACCAGCACAAAGUGGACUCAAGAAGACAGGCAGGGUUCAACAGGCGUUGAUUGAGCUAGGACAGGAGCCAGCGGCUAUGCUGAAACAGGCGCCGGAGAUAGGUUUUCAAGGCAGGGAGUUCAAAAGAUUCAAGAAGACAGACAGGGAAGCUUUGGUGGGGGGAGAGUCGGAAGCAACCAGCCCUGGGGCUGCUGGUAAACUGGCGGGUUCCAUGAAGGGAACUCGCCAGGAGCAAUAAGUUGUUUAAGUUGGAACUGUCGUGGCAUUGGGAACCCCACGACAGUUUGGGAUCUUUGUGCCUUGGUCGGGAGGCUGGUUCCAAAAUUGUGUUUCUUUGUGAGACGAGACAAAAGUUUGAAAAAGUUCGUCGGCUUCGGAAUAGAUUAGGGUUAAAAGGGUGUGCUAGUGUAAGUUGUGAAGGUUUAAGUGGUGGGUUGGCUUUGUUUUGGGAUGAGUCUGUUUAUGUUGAAAUAAAAGGAAUGAAUGAGAGAUACAUUGAUGCUUAUAUUCGUUUAUCCCAGGAGGACCCGAUGUGGCAUGCUACCUGUGAGGACACCCAAUUUAGGCUUGGUGCCCCAAAAAUCCACUCGUGAUCGUCCAGGAUUUCGAUCACGCACAGAUUGAUAUACAGAACAGCUUUCGAUUAUUUACACAGGUUUGUUCAUACAAGCUAAUUAUACAACUGUUAAAGGGUGAAAAGAUCCAAACUAAUAUAUCCUUAUUUGAAAUACAAGAAAAAUCCAAACUUUUAGUUCACUAAAUUACAACUAAUAAACUCCAAAGAAAAUCCACAGGCAAAAGCUCGAGUGUAGACUAGCCUAGAAAAACUCGUCGAUGCCGUAGACCUUGCUUCUUCCUUCUGAUCUUCUUGUUAGCAUAUGUCAAAUUAUGCAAGAGUGAGUACUUAUGUACUCAGCAAGACAUAUUAUAAAUAAUUAAGGGUAAAUAGAUAUGAAUAAAUAAACAAUAAUAAAAUAAAAGAAUAAUAAAAACCAUAAAUCAUUUUUAUCCUCAACUCUUUAAUUUUAAAACUACUUAUACUUUAGGAGUAGGAAUCACCCUGAUGACACAACUCCAGAACCGGGAGUACGGCACAUUCGAAUGAUUUAAUUCACCUCUGCAGAGAC